AACUGCUCCCCUGGAUUACCAUAUUUUUCAGUUUCCAAACCCAUCAACAACCCUAAGUAUUAGAUGACUCUCUUUCUCGCCACUCACAAAGCAUGCAAAGCCUGUUGCAUUCAUGAAGUCAUUUUCAAAUAAUUGCUGCAAGAUCUCCCCAAACAAGUGAACUUCCUGAGGAUCGAAUUAGAAGGUAUGUCUCACUACCACUUUUAGAUAACGCCUCCUUCAUAGAACAAUAUCAAAUCAAACGAUUUCCAGCCAUCUUUCUGGAAACCAAAUCUGGACUCAUCUAUCAUUACAACGACCUGCUUCACUAUGAAACCCUCCUCUCCUUCAUCCACUACUACUUGAAUGGAUUGCAAUUCACCCAAUUUCACUCUCUCCAAGACAUCGAGACUGCCAUCAAUAAUUAGCAUAAUUAGCAAUCAUUAUAUGACAUUCANACCGAUGGCAAACCUCAGUCGACUGAAGAGAAGAGGAAAUUGAUAAAGAAAUUAAGCAUGCAUGCUGGAGCUUCUGCCUAUAUGAUGGCCAUGAAGGGUGAUUAUUCGACAUUGCAGAAUGCUUCGGAAGAGAUCCAGAGCAACAAGAGUCUGGAACAACCAUGA